GUGCGCUAAUCAGUCAGCAGGCCAAUUGGGGCGCAGCGGGGCGGCUUCCAGGCUGCCUUCCUACUGCCAAAGCGAGGUUCUCAUUUCCUUCUUCAAGUUUGGGAUUGUGCAAGCAGCUUUCUGUAAAGUGGUUGGGAUCUUCCAAAUCAGAGGGGGUUCGAAGGAGGAAAGAUGUCUCUGGGCCUGCGGCUAGUAAGCGCUCGGGGUGGUCGUUUUCGAACUUGGAGAAAUUUUCAAUAGUGGGCGCUCUCUGAAUUCGUACCGGCGUCGCUUUAAAACUAGUAGCUGGUUUCCCAUCCAGGAUCAUAUGGAGUGCAAUCAAGGGCGUCUUGGGUGCUGAAAGGGCUUAAAUUUGGCAUGUUCGGUGAUUGAGAGUCUCCGAGGAAUUCGCCUUAUUUCAACUUCCUCUAUUAGUGUUAGCCCUGUGGAUGCUCUUGCUUGACUUGAGGCGUUAGUAAAGUAGGAUAGGAUGAUGGUGCAAACAUGGCAGAAAUAAAGCGAUGGAAAGCUUUGAGAUGUCCUGAAGAUCAGCAUGAAGUAGCACUACUGUAGUAUGCGCACACUCUGCUUAGGAAAGAUUGGUUACUUACUCAAGUCAGCAGAUUGCUGAAGUCAGCAGAAGUAGAGCAGGCAGUGAAGCAAGAGAUCAGCUGCUUGCUGGUAAAAGUGGACGAGACACUCUCUCUGAGAGUGCAGCAGAUUGAGCACCUGCUGAGGGAGUGAACUAACAGGAGGUUGGAUGUUGGUUGACGGGGCUGAUGGCCAAGGUGUAUCAAGUCUGGAAAGGCAACAAUAGGUUCGUUCUCGGCGGACGCCUCAUCUUCGGCCCCGACUGGAAGUCCCUCUGCCUCUCCCUCUUCCUCAUCAUCAGCCCCGCUGUCCUGUUCAUCGUAUUCCCGGGCCGGGAACUCAUCGACCGCCUCAACGCCGCUCCUCUAGUUUGCGGGAUCGUCAUCAUUGUGUGGGACAUCGGCCUGCUGCUGCUGACGUCAUCCCGCGACCCGGGCAUCAUCCCGAGGAAUCUGCAGCCCCCUGACCCUGAGGAGGACCCGGAGAAUCCUCCCCCGCAGUAUGAGAUCGGGCAACGGCCGAGGUUGCCGCGGACGAAAGACGUCGUGGUUAAUGGCCACACGGUCAAGGUCAAGUACUGCGACACGUGCAUGCUGUACCGCCCCCCGCGCACGAGCCACUGCAGCAUCUGCAACAACUGCGUAGAAAAGUUUGACCAUCACUGCCCCUGGGUGGGGCAAUGUAUAGGCAGGCGAAACUACCGCUUCUUCUUCUUGUUCGUCGUCUCCACGACUCUCCUCUGCAUCUACGUCUUCUCCUUUUCUGCCGUAAACAUCAAGCUGAUCAUGGACGAGCGGCAAAGGGAGGGCAAGAGCGCGACGGUCCCAAAAGCUAUGGGCGCGUCUCCCGUCUCCGUCCUACUUAUGGCGUACACGUUUCUCGCCCUCUUCUUUACGGGGGGGCUGUCCGUGCUGCAUACGGUGUUCAUCACAAAGAACCAGACCACUUAUGAGAAUUUCCGGUACCGCUACGACAGCAAGCAGAAUCCGUAUAACCGAGGCUGCCUCGGAAACUGGGCCGAGGUCCUAUUUACCAGGACCCCCAAGAGCCGGAACAACUUCCGGGCCGAGGCGCCACAACUAGGGCCCCCUCGGUCCCCCCCCCAGCAAAUUCUAAACCCCUUGGGCCAAAAACCGGCCGGCCAAGAUAAGGGUAACAAUUACAGACCGGAAGUCCAACUGCCGGAAGGUCCUAUGUCACGGGCCCACACGAGCGACGACAUUCGGGUUAGCGGUUACGGGCCAGGUUUUAGACCGGGUUACGAAGGAACCAGGGCUGCGAUUGACCCGGGGGAGAGGCCCAAGGAUAGCGUAACGUUUACUGGGGCGCCAGUGGAAGGGGGGCCGCUGCCGAGACGAAAAAGUGGCGAGUCGGGGGGUAGACGGGUUGCUGAUACUGGGGAUGGCGGGGAAGGGGAAGGGUUUAGGAGCGCAAGGGGUUCGGAUAGUGAUAUUGUAAGCAGCUUCGGGGGGUCUCAAUCGGGGACAUGUUCGAAAGAAGCGUCCAGACGUGAGUCGGUUGCGGACUUGAACCUAUAGUCGAUAAAGGAGGCAACGCGAUCCGGGAGUUCGGGUCUUUCGUUGCUGUGCGGAACACUGUCACCAAUAGCUACAUGACAGCAGCCAAGCAAGGUAGAUUAUGGGCAUGCCACUGACCAAUGGUCAUGGGCAAACUCCACCGACAAAUGUGUCACUGCUAACCGAGUCGUCCUCCAGCGAGCCUGCCAAUCCUCACGAUCUUACUUGAAAUAUGUUGUGGGUAAUAAGGUGGUGGCCUCAUCGAGUUUCCGACAAUCGUUUGGAGCUUAGUUCGAAAAACAGUUGUCCAGUCGUUCUUAUUACAAGGGAGUGAAAGGCCCAGGCCUAAUGUGCAGGUUGUGCAUUAUAUAAAUCCGCACAGCUAGUGGUUAACAUGACCUGACUUCCUUGAUAUUGAAUGAUACAUUGCAAGGCUAGCUCGGUGGCCCAGCCACUGGCCCAG